UUAAGAAGGCGUCCGAUGGAUUUCUGCAGGUGGAAAAAUGAUCAGCUUUUUAUUCAUGGAGAUUCUGCUGCUCAGAUGGCCUUUGGGCUCCUUACAGGGACCUCAGGGGCCAAACAGCAGAACAACUGGAAACAUGUCACAGAUGGUUCUGGCACAGGCUGCUCUACGCGGGUUAGCAGAAUGCUGUUUGCUCCAGAGCAGCAGGACUCUCUGUCUGGUGUGCCCAGUGUGGAAGAACUCAGUCUGGGCCUGCUGUCUCUGAGCCUCCCCUGCUGGAACCAACAGCCCUGGAUCCGGCCGGAACCCCAGCAGCCACACAAGACCUGCUCGCAGACACCCAUGUUGAAUCUCUUGGGCGCUCCACAAAGCAGCGAUCUGGGUCAGAAUCAGGGUUUCCAGGCCCAGGAGUCUGCUGGUGGGCGUGACCCUUUGGAGCGUUUCUCAAGCCUCAAUCAUGUAACAAGAACACCAGAACCUCACUCUCUCCUGCACUCUGGAUCCAGCAGUCCCGUCAACUCUGAGACCAGCGGAAUCUCAUCUGGAUCUGACCAUCUGAUCUCUCUCAGAGUUUCUCCCCCGUUACCCCUACUUUUGCCCAGACUGCCGGCAGAGGCUUUAAAACUGGGUACAGAUACCAGUCUGCCUACCCUCACCCCCAAUCUCAGUGCUCAGCCUGAUGGGUUGUUGGCUGGGUGCUGGUCAACAGGGCCCAUCUGGCCCGGUUGGGACGCUUUGGGUUUGAACAAACCCUCCUUCUGUAUCGAGAGAGAGGUGAAGCUUCAUAAACAAGCUGCAGCGGUUAAUGAAGCCACCUACACCUGGGAAGGACGACUUCCUCCCCGACACUACAAAAACCCAGUUUACUCCUGUAAAGUGUUUUUGGGAGGUGUGCCGUGGGACAUCACAGAGGCGAGUCUGUUGAACACUUUCAGUGUUUUUGGUCCAUUGAAAGUCGAGUGGCCUGGAAAAGACGGUAGACAUCCACGCUGUCCUCCGCAAGGUUACGUGUAUCUACUGUUUGAUUGUGAGAAGUCCGUAAAGUUACUCCUGCAGGCUUGUAUUCAACCCCGUCUGCAGUCUGACGAUUAUCUGGAAUUCUACUACAAACUUUCCAGCAGAAGAAUUCACAACAAAGAUGUGCAGGUUAUACCGUGGGUGAUCUCAGACAGUAAUUUCAUCCGUUGUCCCACCCAGCGGCUCUGCCACAAUAAGACUGUGUUUGUGGGCGCGCUGCAUGGCAUGCUAAACGCUGAAGCUCUGGCUUACAUCAUGGACGAGCUCUUUGGAGGGGUCGUUUAUGCAGGAAUCGACACAGACAAGCACAAAUAUCCUAUAGGUUCUGGCAGAGUGACCUUCAGAAGUCAGAGGAGCUACUUGAAAGCUGUGACUGGUGCAUUUGUGCAGAUAAAAACCUGCAAGUUUACCAAGAAGGUCCAGAUUGACCCAUAUUUGGCGGACUCUGUGUGCCAAAUAUGUAACAGUCAGCCCGGCCCAUACUUCUGUAGGGCUCAGGCCUGUUUUAAAUACUAUUGUCGGUCCUGCUGGCAUUGGCGGCACUCUUUGGACGUGUUGAGCAGUCAUCAACCUCUCAUGAGGAACCAGAAGGGCUUGAAUCCAAAAUAAAGCAACAGACUCAUCCCAUGGAAGCUGCUGUUUCUCUAGGGAGCAGCCGUGGGCAAGAGAGUCUGGACUAAGCUGACUGUUUUGGGGAACUAUUUUAAAGCACGAGUCUGAAAAGGAAAGUCUUACUUGGGCGAGUUGUUGCGUUUAUUGCACUGCUCAUGUUCUCAUUCAUCAACGCUCUAUGCACACCAAAUGGUUCAUUUAUGGUGACCCAUUUGCACAGAGGUGGCCAGGAGAGAAAUUACCACCUGAAUGAAGAGUUUAAGUGUUUUGCAUGCAUAGAAUAUUAGUUUAUUAUCUUGCUGGUCUGAUCAACUGAUGCAGGCAAAUGCUAGUUGGUGGCUUCAUUUGUUACCAUCUUUGCCAGUCCAAUAUUUUAUUUUAUUUCAUUUAAUUUGGCUGCUCUGCUGGUGAUUUUGGAGAGUUUUGUUAUGUUGACAUUUUAAGUCAGUUUUACCUGCUUUUCUGCCUGCUAGUUUGGGGUCAUUCCAUGGAAAUAUGAACCGAUAGACUUACAGAUUUUUUUGAAGUUUUGCUGUUCCAAGUGUCUUCUCCUGUGGGGCCAUUUUUGAAUUGUAUUUAGCUUUUUAAACACUAUUAAAUGGUUGAUGAGCAACUUGGCUUGCGAAAUGUUUGGCUGAUGCUGUUGCUUAUCAACCUGCACGCCAUCAACCAUCAAAUCAAUACAUGUUAACAACUCUGGAACGCACUUUGACCGCUGAGAAUGUGCUGUACAUAGUUUUAAUCAACUUAUUGCACUUUAUUUUUAAUGUAUCACUGUUGCCAGUGGUUUUAAUUAGUUUGAGCAGAAUGGGGUUAAAUCUUUCCCGGUUACAUAGACUUUUUUGAGAGGUGUUUACUGUUAAAUGUAGAACUAAACUCUCCUAAUUUUAGUUUAAUAAAUCCAUCAAGCAGCAUAUAGCUCCGUUUCCCUAGUUUCUCGCUGAAGCGGUGCCAAAGAGCAUCUUUCUCUUCCUUGUUGCCUUUUGCAGCUGCUUUUUAGAAAUUAAAAGGUCUCUCUACCUCAUUGCUCUGCAAGUGUUGCCAUGGUUACUUACAAAUGUAGAUGAUGUUCAGAUAGGACAAAAUAAAGUUGUUGAAGCAU